AUGUGGUGGUAUGCAUGGAAGUACGAGAGAGCAGAGAGCCAUUCAUACAAGCAGGUUGAUGUUUUCGGUCGAUCUGCGCUGCACUAUGCCGCUCAAUCAGGUGAUGUGGCCACAGUGGAGGAACUAAAGCGGGCCAUCGACCAGGAGGUUCCACCUUGUCCUCUACGAGAUCUUCAGGUUGCAGCGCAUUGCGUGGACGCUGCCCUGGUUGAGGAAGACCAAAGCCAGGAAGUUACAGAGGCUGUCGCAGCUGCACAGUCCACGUUCAGUGACAAUUACGAGAAGACUCGGGAAAUUGCAGAGGCAGCUCCAACAGCCGGAGCUGCGCACGAGGGGCGGAAAGGCGAAACCAACGACACAGAGGCAGCUGCCAGUGCUGAGGAAGACCGACAGAAAGCCGCAGAUGCGACAGAGGCAGCUGCUGCAGAGGAAGAGCGACAGAAGAGUGAAUCCACAGAUGUGACAAAGGCAGCUGCCACUGCUCAGGAGGUGCGACGAGAGCGACAGAAAAGUGAAGCCGCAGAUGCGACAGAGGCAGCUGCUGCUAGUGCUGAGGAAGAGCGACAGGACAGUGAAUCGGCAGAUGCAGAGGCUGCUGCUGCUGCUGAGGAUAAGCGCCGGCAGAGUGAAGUCGCGGAAGCGGUCGAGGCAGCUGCUAGUGCUGAGGAAGACCGACAGAAGACUGAAUCCGCAGAUGGGACAGAGGCAGCUGCUACUGCUGAGGAAGAGCGACAGGAGAGUGAAGCCGCAGAUGUGACGGAGACGGCUGCUGCCAUGGCUGAGGAAGAGCGAAAGCAGAAUUUGUUCGCGGAAGCAGUGGAGACAGCUGCGAGUGCUGAGCAAGAUCGACAGAAGAGUGAAGCCGCAGAUGCGACAGAGGCAGCUGAGGACGAGCGCCGGCAGAGUGAAGCCGCUGAAGCAGUCGAGGCAGCUGCUAGUGCUGAGCAAGAGCGACAAAACAGUAAAUCCGCGGCUGCCACACAGGCAACUGCUGAGGCAGAGCGACAGCAGAGUGAAGUCGUGGGCACUCUGCAGACAGCUGCCAAUGUUGAGGAAGAGCGAAAGGAGAGUGAAACCGCAGAUGCGACAGAGGCAGUUGCUGCCACUGCUGAGGAAGAGCGACAGCAGAAUCAAGCCGCAGAAGCAGUGGAGACAGCUGCUAGUGCUGACCAAGAUAGACAGAAGAGUGAAGCCGCAGAUGCGACAGGGGCAGCUGCCAUUGCUGAAGAAGAGCGAGAAGAGAAUGAAGCCGCGGAAGCCGUGGAGACAGCUGCCAGUGCUGAGCAAGAGCGACAGGACAGUGAAUUCGCAGAUGCAGAGGCUGCUGCUGCUGAGGAUGAGCGCCGGCAGAGUGAAGUCGCGGAAGCGGUCGAGGCAGCUGCUAGUUCUGAGGAAGAGCGACAGAAGACUGAAUCCGCAGAUGGGACAGAGGCAGCUGCCAAUGCUGAGGUGGAGCGACGGCAGAAUGAAGUCGCACAAGCGGUCGAAGCAGCUGCUAGUGAUGAGGAAGAGCGACAGGAGAGUGAAGCCGCAGAUGUGACGGACACGGCUGCUGUCAUGGCUGAGGAAGAGCGAAAGCAGAAUUUGUUCGCGGAAGCAGUGGAGACAGCUGCGAGUGCCGAGCAAGAUCGACAGAACAGUGAAGCCGCAGAUGCGACAGAGGCAGCUGUCAUUGCUGAGGAUGAGCGCCGGCAGAGUGAAGCCGCGGAAGCAGUCGAGGCAGCUGCUAGUGCUAGUGCUGAGAAAGAGCGACAAAACAAUACAUCCACAGCUGCGACACAGGCAACUGCUGAGGCGGUGCGGCAGCAGAGUGAAGUCGUGGGCACUCUGCAGACAGCUGCCAGUGUCGAGGAAGAGCGAAAGAAGAGUGAAACCGCAGAUGCGACAGAGGCAGCUGCCACUGCUCAGGCAGCUGCCAGGACUGAGCGGCAAGAGGCGGAGGGGCAACCGAAGAACGGUGGCACAGAGGAGCUGUUGCGAGAAGCCACGGAAGGAGUGCCGGAAUUCCUGUCGCUCGACAGCCUUUGCGAAGCCCACAAGCACGAAGGUGCAGAAGUGCAGGCCGCUUCCGGGGCUGAUGAGGCAGAACAGGAACGACAAAUGUGGGAGGACAGAGCUCGAGCAGCUGCCACAGUGAUGGGCAGGUAUGGAGAGAAACGACAGACAGCUCUUUCGCCGGCUGGCAGCUGGGAGGCUUCGGGAGCAAACCUCACAACAGCAACGUUGAGUCGUUUAGUCUUGUCGUUGAACUAUGUCGUGGGUUCCGCUAUCAUGGGAUGCAAGCCAGUUCAGGCUUCAGACAUGUACAGCAGCUUGUUGGGGCACGGAGCUGUUCACAUGCACGGCCUUGGCGCAGAAAGCUCCUGGCAGGAGAGCCUCUUCUUGAUGCUCCGAGAAGAAGCGGCGAUCACUGACAGCCGUGACUCUGGAAGCAUCACGUACCGAGGAAACAUCCGAGAGGGAGCCAAGAAUUGUUGGAUUUCUUUUCCCGGAAAGUAUGCUUCCGCUUGGAAAGCUUUGACGGAGGAGAACCAGGGCCUGGGUGUGCAUCUGAAGGAUCCUCAAGAGCACGAGUGGGACAAAAGCAGUGGACCUCGAUAUGAGAUCGACGAGGAGUCCGGCAAGAUCAAGUUCAGACCCGAUGUUGUGAAGGACCCGAAAAAGCCAGGAGAGAGGUGCUACUGCCACCGAAUCUAUGGAAGAAGGGGCUUCAAGCAGUUUGGGUACUACCGGGAGCUGCGAAGGCCGUUCACCCCAGAGAGGGUGCAGGAGGAGACUGCCACAGCCGAAGCGAUGAAUGCCGAAUGGAUCAAGGAAGAUGCUCUUCCGGAAGUGAAGGCGGCGGCGAGGGAACGAGCCAGGGCCACGUGGGAGACACACGGCGGUAUCGCAGCUUGGGGCUGCGCGUGGUUUGAAGUGUGGUUCGACAGAGUCACGGAAGCGGUCUCCAAACAUCAACGUCUCAAAGCAGUCUUCUUCCCAGGGCAGGAGGGUCAGGGAGUUGUACCCAUGGAUGAGCUUCCGGAGGCAGACCUUUGGGAUGGGAUUGGCUGCGGAGGUUCCCAGAAAUCUGAGAUUGCCACAGUGAACCACAUGAGGGAGACUGAAGGCCCACGCUGGGACUACGACGAAGUCAGCGUUGCAAAGUUCUUACACAGUGAAUUCGCAGACGGCUGUGUGGUUGAGGGCUGGUGUGAGGAGGAACGGGUGUGGAAGAGAGGCAUCCUGGAGCAUCAAGAGAUCGAGAUGCGGAAAGUACCACGAGAGGAAGACGGGGUGACGCGCAUGGUGGAGGUUGCAGAUGUUGUCUUCGAUAUACACUGCGAAGGCGAGAGUGGGAAGCUUAGAACCAAGGACAUCCGCCACGUGGGCCGGCUAAUGGAGGACAUGAUGCAAGAGUUCGGUUUACAGAACGUGACGCAGUCUGCUCUGGAGUGCUUGAAGGAUAUGAAUAUCAAGCUGCUGGGGUGCAGUUUCGAUCACUCGGCAUUGCGCUUGGACCUUGGCAUUCAAGACAUCCGCUCUCUUCAAGCCCUGCGUGAUCGAGUCUUAGACGGCUCCUUCGAAAGGGAGCUGACGCAGAAGCUGGCUCCUGAUCAGAGUCUCAGGGUGCACGUAGACAAGAGCCGGUUCUUUACGCUUUACGAAGAUAGCUUGCAAGGGCUCGAGGGUCUCACAGCUCAUCAGAUGGAGAAGCUGGAGGAGAUGGACGGUGAGAGAGACGUCCAUCUAUCCGCCCCGGCCGGGGCCGGGAAAACCUUUGUUGCGAUGCAAAGAGUUCUGGAGGGACUAGGGGGGCCCGCCUCCGAUGCACGUGUCCUCUAUGUGGCGCCUUCGAAGGCUCUUCUUUUGUUCUUUUUGCGAUGGCUGGCCAUGCGCCUAACACCCCAGACAGAUGCAGAUGGGCCCUCCAACUUCGAGAAUUUUGAAAAUGCUUUGCAGAGGCUUUUCCUGCUUCACCAUCCAUACAAUCGCUUCAUCUUACCAGAGCUCCAGCAAGGUCGAAUCAUUCUGCGCUCCAGGCCACCAGAGGCAGAAGACCCGAUGUUCCAUCUGGCCGUCUACGACGAAAGUCACAAGAUCUUCGGUGAGGACGCUGUGGACAGGACGUUGCUGGAUCGUGUGAAUGCCUUGAGGCGGCUCUUUCUAUCUGAUGAAGCGCAGUCGUCGGCCGUGCUGCAUUCCUUUCCCGCCGCGAAGCACGUGAAGUUGUCUGAGGUUGUUCGCAGUACCGAGAGGAUCGUACUGGCCGCUGCGAUGUUCCGAUACAGCUCCGAUGAAGCCGAAAAUGUCACCUCUCAUGGCAAGUCGUUGGGGCCACCCCUGAAAACUUUUCUUUUCAAGCUGGAUGAUGAAGACAACAGGUUUACGCAAUAUGCGAAGCAAGUUGUGGCGGCCCUGUGGCAUGCAGUCCGAAUGUUUCCGAACAUGAGCCUUCAUGGCCGUGUUGCAAUCCUGGUCCGGGAUCAACACUUCCGGCGUCAGCUUUAUUUGCACUUGCAGCAGGCUCUGAACGAAGACCUCCGUCAUCGUCGCUUGCAGAUACUGUCUUUCGCAGAGUCGUUGCUCCAGCUUCCUGAGCGUCUCCUGAAGAGCUCAUCGCAGCAGCACCGGGAGUGCAUCGUAUUGGAUUCUUUGGAAAAUGCCGAUGGCAUAGAGCAACUCAUCGUGAUAUGCGUUGGCCUGGAUGAGCCCUUGAAGAAAGACGGGGAUCAGAACUUCUGCUCGCAGCUUUACCGGGCACUUACGAGAGCACAGCUGCUGGCGAUGGUUGUAAACGAGCACGUCCAAGGUGGUUUGCUGGAGUUUCUUGGAGCCGUCCGUUUCUCCGACCGCAAGGCGGCAAGGCCCCCGAACUGCCAGGAGGUUGUCCGAAGAGCGGUUUAUGAGCAGAGCGGUUCGGAGACGGGCAAGGCCGAAGACGACGCAGCCGAAGCCCCUGCCACGAAGAUGCCCGCUGAUGGCGGCUAUGUGGAGACAUUACCCUCAGGCCCCGACACAACAACUUCGAGGACGGACGCAGCUGCACAGCCCCAGCCCCGCCGUGAUUCUGCCACAGAAUGCACAGCUGCGGAUCCUGCACGGUUUUUGCAGGCACGGGCUUCCGAGGCUCCGCAGAUGACUGAUAUCUGGGAUACUCGUGAUAAUGCAAUUCCACAUGCGACCGCCCUGCAGUUCAAUCCGAUGACGCAGGUGUGCGAGAGGUUGUUCCUGACAGUGAACCUGGCAACGGCAGACCCAGUCUUUCACGGCGAUAACGAGACGUCUUUUCAUGGCCUCAUCCGGCCUCAGGCCGAUGCGUGCUGGAUCAGUAUACCUGACCAUCUCGAGGCUGCAUGGAAACCCGUUUGCAGAGCUGCACCACGACCAAUCCGUGGCAGAUGUCUUGUUCUGUACUCGGGAGGGCGGCCUGGGCCAGCACGUCUCGGACCCAGAGAACCCAGGCAAGUGCUACUGCGCUCGGAUAUACGGAGAGCGCGACUACCAAAGGUUUGGAUACCUUUGGACAGUGGAUGA